AUGGGUACUCAAAUUGCAGCUGCUCAGCCUCUUAUGCCUAUUGGAAAGGUUCCGAGAACAAUGGUUCCAAUGUCAUUUCAAGCUCCAAUGUGUAACCCUUAUGUGCAUGAUUACGCUCUGGGGGUAAGUUUUGCAAGAUUUUAUUCCCAUAAGCCACUUUGUACCAUUGCUUGUGAGGGAGUCUCCUACGUAGAAAUAAGUAAAAGGAGAACACAAUUACGAUGCGGUGCAGAAAGAAUGUGA